AUGGCGUCGAAACAAGGACAAGGCCCGGGCCAGAUCGAAAUAACCUCCCUCCCAAUCUCGCAGCUUCAGGAACUCAAAUCUCAACUGGACCGCGAGCUUGAGCACCUCAACACCUCUUUCCAAUCCCUCCGCAUCGCACAAUCCAAAUUCCGCGACUGCUUGAAAUCCAUCUCCCAGGGCGUGAAUGCCAGCACCGCCGAGAAACCCCUCCUCGUGCCCCUCACCUCUUCCCUCUACGUCCCCGGCAAGCUUUCCAACCCGUCCACCGUUCUCAUCGAUAUUGGUACCGGGUUCUUUGUCGAGAAAUCUACCGCCGAUGCUACAGAUUUCUAUAACCGCAAAGUCGGGGACUUGGCGCAUAGCUUGAAGGAUUUAGAGCAGGUGAUUAAUGGGAAGGUGAAUAAUGUUCGCCUCGUGGAGGAGGUAAUUCGGGUCAAAGUUUUGAGUGCCCAGCAGGAGGGCGGGCAGGGUGCUGGAGGAAAGGACGGGCCAAAGAAAGGAAGCUGA